CGAGGUGCAUCAAUCGUCGUCGUCAAGGUGGUCAGGAUUUUCGGUGGGUGCGGAACCACCGGUGGUGGUAAUCGGGUGUGUGUGUGAGCUCGAGAUUCGAAGGACCGCUAAUAAGAUGAUGGUGAGGCUGCUGCUGCUGCUGGUGUGAUGUGCCGCAAUUGCAAGAGCUGACAAGUUGUUCGAAGAAGAAUUGCCCCCCGUUUGGAAGGGGAGGGAACCGGACUGGAAUGUGGAACAGAUUCUUGAGUCGCACAGUUUCCGCGCGUGAUUUGCCCAUUCCUCUCAGGGUGUGUUUGUGUGUAUGUAUGUACAUAGUUGCAUAGUGAUGUAUAAAAACAUGAGUGAAAAUACGGUGGAGAUGGAUGAUAGUUUUCCUCCAAAUAUGUUAAGCGCUCGAUGAACGACGGUGACGACGGUGGAAGGAUUUUAUGAAUCGAGUGCCGCUGCAGCAGCGAGCUGUACUCAUGGUGAGACAUUGUUCAUCGAUCAAUCAGGAACACAGCCAGGAACGGAGUUAAUUUUAGCGCCAGCCGUUAUCGAGAAAUGCAUCGCACUAGGCGGGGAGUCACGUCCCGCAACGACGGAGAAAAAUAUUUGCGAAAAGCUUCAGUGGAUCAGUGCUCUAAAUAUAGCCCCUCAGUGUUGUGAACCGGAAGAAUGUCCGAAAAGUGGAAAAACCAACAAUAAUUAAACUGACUGACCGACACAAACUUGGAGCUUUUUUUUAGUGACACCCCGAUUGAUUCGGGCGUUUGAUUGAAAAAUUAAAAUUUCAUUCGCUCGAAGAAUCCCCAUGGCAACAACUCAUGCAACGACGGUGGCGGGUUGGUGCGGUCACAGCCGGCUGUGAUCUCACCACCAAUAGUGUGAUGUUGUGCGGUGCUGGUGGUAACCAAUGGCAACGGGAUGAAAACUGGUGGCUUCGAUAGCUGUUACUGUUGUGAUUGUUGUUGCUGCUGCAGUAGUGGAAGAUUGCACGUGAUGGAAGAGGCCUUGAAUCGCCGGAGACGACGAUCACGAUCACGAUCACGACGACUCGUGUCGACAGCGGUGCCACAUGGAGGAUCAACGUUAUAGUGCACGGGUCACGGGCAGGGGGUACCUCAAAGGACACACAAAUCAGUGCCGGAAGGGGCGUGGGUGCAAAGUGAAAAUGUGGCUGCUGAUAGGAUUCGUGCUACUACACGCAGUACACUUGGGAUUAGCUGUGAAAGGCGGGCACUCGAGAUCGAUGGCAGCCGGACGACUGGAGAACGUCACCCAAACUAUUUCUAGGAUAUUGGAAGGUUACGACAUUCGGUUGCGGCCAAACUUUGGCGGCGACCCACUGCACGUAGGAAUGGAUCUAACGAUAGCUAGUUUCGAUGCAAUUUCAGAAGUAAACAUGGACUACACGAUAACAAUGUACCUAAAUCAGUACUGGAAGGACGAGCGAUUAGCGUUCAAUGCCUACUCGAUAUGGGGUCCGGAUGUGGGCGGAGCAACGGGUACCGGUGGUGGAGGGACGGCCAUCGGCAGCCGCCAGUACGACCAGAACGGCGACAUGAUGAUUGAGGACGACGGAGCAAACGACGUGAUUACGCUGUCGGGGGACUUUGCGGAGAAGAUCUGGGUCCCGGAUACGUUCUUCGCCAACGAUAAGAACAGCUUCCUGCACGACGUCACCGAGCGGAACAAGCUGGUGCGACUGGCCGGCGACGGGUCCGUUACCUACGGGAUGCGCUUCACGACGACGCUCGCCUGCAUGAUGGAUCUGCACUACUACCCGCUGGAUUCGCAGAACUGCACCGUGGAGAUUGAGAGCUACGGCUAUACCGUGUCGGACGUGCUCAUGUACUGGCGGUCGACCCCGAUCCGGGGCGUGGAGGAAGCAGAACUGCCACAGUUCACCAUAAUAGGUUACGAAACUAAUGAUAGAAAAGAAAGACUGGCGACCGGCGAGUACCAGCGGUUGUCGUUGUCGUUCAAACUGCAGCGCAACAUUGGCUACUUCGUGUUCCAGACCUACCUGCCCAGCAUUCUGAUUGUGAUGCUGUCGUGGGUGUCGUUCUGGAUCAACCACGAAGCCACGUCGGCCAGGGUGGCACUCGGGAUUACGACCGUGCUCACCAUGACCACCAUCAGCACCGGGGUGCGGAGUUCGCUGCCCAGGAUCAGCUACGUCAAGGCCAUCGACAUCUACCUGGUGAUGUGCUUUGUGUUUGUGUUCGCGGCCCUGCUCGAGUAUGCCGCCGUCAACUACACCUACUGGGGGGCGCGGGCCAAGAAGAAAAGUAAAAAGAACAAGGAAGCGGAGAAGAAGGUUUCAAAAAAGCAGGAGAACAGCGGGGGCUGUUCGUCCGAGGACAUCAUCGAGCUGCAGGACGUCCGGAUGAGUCCGAUCGCAUCGCUCAGGAACCGUCACUACGCGAACACGACUUCGUCGACCGGGGCUGACGCCGUAGAUCUUGCCAAAUUUCCUCCUAGCUUUCGAAUUUCUCGCCCCUACGGGUCCAGUACCCGGUCCAGCGGGUUAAGGUAUCGAGGUAACCGAGGUCACAACCGCCCGAAGAUGCUGCACGCAAUCAAGCGAGGUGCCUCGGUCAUCAAGGCGUCCAUUCCGAAGAUCAAGGACGUCAACGUGAUCGACAAGUACUCGCGGGUGAUCUUCCCUGUCAGCUUCGCGGCGUUCAACGCUGGCUACUGGAUCUUCUACGUUCUGGAGUGACCUACCGCGAACUAACCGGAUCCGUAAGUCACUGCCAACCCGAAGCAGCGGCGACAGAAGCGAGGAUUUAUUGUAGUAGCCGAAGCGGUAAUAGCAGCAUCAAUGCAGUACUAGAGUACUCGAGUGCAGUAGGCUCCAUCGUAGCAAGCCAGCAGUUGUUCCCUAGCACCGGAUGGCGACUAGCAAGUAACAAGCACAUUCAAGCCAUAAAAAAAAUCCUUCCGCUGCCGAGUUUAGGAGUGAAUUCACAAUAUUGCACCAGAGUUUGACAUCCGGUUAGUUCAGAAUACCUUCCAGAAAAAAAACAUAAAAAACAAAAAAAAAAACGCAUAAAACUAGAGUCGAUUGACAUUCAGAGGAGAAAAUUAAAAAAAAAAACACAAACAAAAAUUCCUACGCAAAAAAAUCCGAUUACGACGCGACGCCAGGUAGGAAAUCGAAUUGUAUAGUGUAAUAAGGAAAAUUCAUAAAACAAGAAAAAAAUGUAUCCGUCAUAAUGAGUGGUAGUUGCGUUUUAGAAUCAUUUAGAUUGCAUAAGAAAGAUAGACUAGUAGGCAAAACAAAACAAAACAAACAAAAAAUUUAACACAAAUCGAAGCGAGGAAGGAAGAAACAUACGAAAGUAAUAACCAUGAGACUCAAACUCACAGACAUUCUAGAUUUAGUGUUUUAGAACAUGUGUAAGAAUAACAGAACAAACCAACAGAAAAUAAAGGGACAUGGAAGUGGAGAUUGUAAACUAAGCAAAUCAACAAACGCAGUCGUUGAGCACAAGUAGGGGGCGUCAAAAUGGAGAAUUUUCCUAUCAACAAAGCGCUAAACUAUAGGGAACCAACCGCGGAAUGUUAGUUAUUUGAAUUUUUAUGAGCAGUUGAAGGAAGAAGUUGGAGGAGAAUUCCAGGCAACUGCCAAAUGUGAAAUGUGAUGAAUACAAAGGAAGCUCGAGUUAACGGUCAUUAGUGAGAGAGAAGGAAAGAGAGAAGCUUUAAGCAUAAAUAGGUCGAAUCGAAGAAACGGGGGAACGAUGGCAGGUGAUUUGCGGGGAGUAUCAUAGAGGGGUAUUGCAGUGGUGAUGAAGGCGGAACGGUGUGACGAAUUGAGUUCUUGAUAACGUCAGGUAGUUUAUCCAUUUGCCGUUACAAAGGAAGUUCACCGCGAUUUUUAAAUUUUAGUUAAAUCAGAUCUAUUAUGGUGGUCACUCAUGGUUACUCUAAACCGAUUUUUUCAAAUAAAAAUAAUUGGGCGCAGGAUUUUGAUCUACGAUCAAAGCUGAGCACCAAAAUGCAUAAGAUGAGUUUUGGAAAAUUCUGCUCUCAUACAGAUUAGAUAUGUGCUCUAAAUUGUUCAAGGAACAUGUUUCAAGAUAUUAAAGAGAAAUCAGAGAACUUUGGGGCAGUUCCAAGACCGUAAAAAAAAAAAAAAUGCGGAA